ACGAAAAGAUAACACAUAAAAACUAUUGAAUCCUUUACCAUUUCCAAUGUCGUCGUUGCAACUUUUAACACUUCUUCUUCUCGUAUCAACUGUCGCUAUCCCCGUCGUGACUUGCAGACAAUGGUGCAUGGCGAUGCCUGGUACCUCAGAUGAGCAGUUACAAGCCAACAUUGAUUUUGGUUGCAGCAACGGCGUCGAUUGUACACCGAUCCAACCUGGUGGAACUUGCUAUGACCCUAACACGUUAUUCGACCAUGCGUCGUAUGUCAUGAACGCUUAUUAUCAAAGCCAUGGGCGUAUCGAAGAUGCUUGUAGGUUCGACCGUACUGGCUGUUUUACUUUUGCCGAUCCAAGUAAUGGCUCGUGUAUCUACUACACUUAAAAAAAAAAAGAAAACUCUUUGUGAGUGUAUUAAGAUUGUGCUAUUGAUUGUUUAUUUUGAAUA